AUUUGCUGUGCAGGGGUGACACGUAGCCCCUCUUGAGGUUCCUCAGUGCACAGUGGUCAGUGUUCGACUGCCCUAAGGAUUAAAAGUUACACCCUGACAGCGAUAGCAAGGCCGGGGUGUCAUUGCCGGCAUCAGUGAGAUGCCUUCUUCUUCACAAUCCUCGAUGGAGCAUGAAGAGGCGAAGUUAGCAUGCUGCUAACCCUAACCAUCAUUGCACCCGUACCUGUAGUUCAGCUCCCCGAACCUGUCGAUGCCCAGAGGUUUUGAGUGCAGGAAGUCUGCACAGCAGCGAUGGCACGGAAAGGUAAUGUGAAUGGCGGCUUUGAGGGCGACCCCGAAACUGGGACAGCUCGCCCCGCCGCCGUGAACAGGGUGAACAGGCGGCAGGCUGCUGCCUCUUACGGCGGCAGAACCAGUGGUGGUUUCCUGGGGACGGAGGUGACAGGCGAGUCUAUUCCAGUCACCCUGUUCGUGGCGGGGAGCGUCGCCGCGAAAAACCCCCACGCAGGGAAAGAAGUAGCGACCCAGACUGACAGUUCCCCUGCCACCGUCACCUCCUGGAGGAUUUUAAGAACACAACCCGGUGAUGACACAGACGCCGCCUCCCGUGGGUCUGUCUCUUCAGACUACGUGGUGAUGGAGACGCGCGCCUUGGGGUACCAUGUCUCUGCGCAGACACAGGAUGCACACCUGUUCCGGUACAGCGAGGAGCAGGUGCUGGAGAUGGUGAUAGCCUGGCAGAUGAUCACGCUCUUCAUCCCCACCACCUGGUACCUGCUGCUGUACGUCGCCGACCAGGUGUCCAGCGUGGUGGUGGCCGCGAACCUGUGCCUGGCAGGGGAGGAGUGGUGGUGCGGUCUCAGCAUCACUUUCCUGGUGCUGCCCAGCCUCGUCAUCAAUGCCUACGCGUAUGAACAAUUGGUGCACCCUGACAUAGCCACCGUGGCGCCUGUCAACAAGUGGCUGGCCAGGGGCCUAUUCCUUCUGCAGGUGGCGCCUCACUACCUCAUCGGCAGAAAGGUUCUAUGGUGCUUCCGAGCGUGGCGAGCGGAGAGCUGGCCAUCUAAGAGGCCGCCCUCCACGCCGCCCACCGCCAGGAUCUCUCGGCAAGACCCCGCAGGAGCUGUGGGACCAGGCAAAGGAGGAAACUGAAUCGUCCACAACUAAAUGGUUUCACUCGCUCCUGGAGUCUGUGCCCCAGCUAAGUGUGCAAUCUUACAUUCUGAUGGUCUUGCUCAGCCCUGACGAGGUCAACGCACUCUGAAGGGAUAGUGAUGAACACUGGCUUGGUGGUGAGUGUGAUAGUGAGCCUCACGUCUGCAUCAUCUGGGCUGGCGUCGGUGGUGAGUGAGAGAGCCUGGGAGAGAGUGGCUGCCUCAUUGGCCAUCUUCUUUACUCUUGGCUCGCGUGUGAUGGUGUGUAGCGGCGUUGGUACAAUCCACCCAGCGCUUUGGUUCGCCCCUGUCGCCGCAGCAACCUUCCUGGGAUUCGUGACCAAGUUAGCAGAGUCCACCGAGCAGACGUACCGCGCCAUACUAGCCAAGGCCCAUAAAUAUCUAUUCAACGGGUUCGUGAUGGCUGUGGUGUGCCCGCCCUUUGAUACUGUGGGACUGUUCUGCUCAGCUCCCUAUGUACUAGCAGGUCUCUGCUUCCUUACUCUAAGACCUGAUACCUUUGCUAACAUUGCAGUCUUCAUAAUGAGCAUCGUCGGGCAAGUUGUGUGGCUCGCUGUCGGCUUCUUCGUUACGGGAGAUAAGUAACAGCUAGGCUCGUAUCUAGAAACGCUUUGUUCUUUAACCAGGACUGUUUCCAUAGGCCGCAGAGAUGAUUAUUCGGGUUCUGCUAUAGAUAAUAUAGAAUCCUAUAGAUAAUAUAGAAUCGAUGUUAAGAAAUCACUGUGAUCAUGAAAGCACACUUAGAAAUCUCCAUUUCUACAAGAGGCUGUUCAAGGCAGUCGAGGCUUUAGUGCCGAAAUGUUUGAGAGUAUGGUUCUGAAUCCUUCCACUAAAGUUCUGGUGUUUCCCCUUCAGCUUUCUUCUCUUGACAUGGUCUCUCACUUCAUGCAGGAAAGAUGUUUGACAACUCUCCUCCAACCAGCUGGCUGUGUUGUACAUGGCUGCACAUGUUCCUGUGAAGGCUGUUUUUCUGUCAGAUCCUCCUUCAUACUCGUAAAGUCCUUCCUCUCCAGCCCCGCACCUCCGUCUCAUAUGUUUGAUCUUGUAAAAAAACUGGAGUGGUUUCCUCCAACAUCUUCAUCUUUCCAUGUCAUUCUUUAUUAAUGUUUUUUUUUUUUUUUUAGCUCAGUCGGAUGCUUCUGUGCGUCCACGUGAGCAAUCAAAUAAUAGUGAUACCUCAUU